AGUAACUGCCGGAAAAAAUUUCUCGUCUCAUCAUGGCUAGAUCCUCCCAUUGGUUGAGACUGGACUCUAGGAAGGACGCUGUGAUCCAAAGGAAAAAAUACAUGAGGUCUGUAAUUCCCAUACAGCAGCUCACAGGGUCUCCUCUUGCAAAAUUCCUACAGGCAUAUCGUAGGACAGCCCAGGCGUCCCUGGAGUCAGCGAGGACCCUGCCAGCAGGUCUGGGGGCGGGACCUGAGUCAGUCCCUCCGGCCGCCUGGCUCCACCGCUUCUCCGCUGUCCACUUCAGCUUCCUGCCACCCUCCUGUCUCCAGCAUGCCUGGUCCGACCCCCAGUGGCACUAACGUGGGCUCCUCCGGCCGCUCUCCCAGCAAAGCAGUGGCCGCCCGGGCGGCGGGAUCCACAGUCCGGCAGAGGAAAAAUGCCAGCUGCGGAACGAGGAGCGCAGGCCGCACGACCUCAGCAGGCACUGGGGGCAUGUGGCGAUUCUACACAGAAGAUUCACCGGGGCUCAAAGUUGGCCCUGUUCCAGUAUUGGUUAUGAGUCUUCUGUUCAUCGCUUCUGUAUUUAUGUUGCACAUUUGGGGCAAGUACACUCGUUCAUAGAUUCGGCUACAUCCAUCUGUCUGUCAUCUGAAGAAGACAGGAAAAAAACCCCAACAUAUCUUGGACCAAAAGCAUAGUGAUUUUCUGUUCAUGAGAAAGAAAUUUUCUGUAAGCUUACUGUUUUACAGGGAACUUAAUGAAAAUUGAUUUUAAGGAAUCAUUUUUUUUCCUGUGGCUAAUAAACUUUUAAAUUCAUAUAC